GACGGUAGCCGAUAAGAGCCGUCGUGCCGUCGUCCGUAAACGAUCAAUGUGGGUCCGGCAGCUGGUUUGAUUGAGCGAAGCGUUAGCUCUGCGCGCGACGCGUUUGUGAAGCCGUUGUCCAAAAAGGGCCGGGCGAACCGUCCAGUUGUGCAGAGCUACUUUCACAAGACCGUUAACCGCCAUGGAGGUGGACGAGGUACCAGCAAAUGUGAUGGCUGCUUCGGGCACCACAGGCAGUGUGUGUGUCUCGUUGCACCCGCUAGUGAUUAUGAACAUUUCCGAGCACUGGACGCGAAUAAAGGCCCAGGAAGGCAAGGCGCAGCAAGUUAUUGGUGCCCUCAUUGGCAAGCAGAAGGGUCGCAGCAUCGAAGUCAUGAACUCCUUCGAGCUUGUGUUCAACACCAUUGAGGGGAACAUUGUGAUUGACAACGAUUACUACAAUGUCAAGGAGCAGCAGUUCAAGCAGGUGUUCAGCGACCUGGACUUUCUUGGCUGGUACACAACGGGAGGCCCACCGACCGAGUCGGACAUCCAGGUGCAUCGGCAGAUAUGCUGCAUCAAUGAGAGUCCCGUGCUGCUUAAGCUGAACCCGCAGGCACGUCACAGUCAGCUGCCUGUGGCCAUGUACGAGUCAGUCAUCGACCUGGUCAAUGGGCAGGCCACCAUGCUUUUCGUCGAGCUGCCCUAUACGCUAGCCACUGAGGAGGCUGAGCGCAUUGGUCUUGACCACAUGGCACGCAUGUCAGCUGCCGGCGAGUCUGGCGAAAGCUCCCUUGUGGCCCAGCACUUGCAGGCCCAGCACAGCGCCAUCAAGAUGCUGCACAGCAGGGUGCGCCUGGUGCUGGAGUAUGUGAAGGCAGUGUCCGCGGGCACCCUGCCGGCCAACCACGAGGUGUUGCGGGAUGCGUUUAGCCUCUGCCACCGGCUGCCCGUGCUGCACACGCCCAGCUUCCAGGGCCAGUUCUACAACCAGUGCAACGAUGUAGCCCUCAUGACCUACCUGGGCACCCUCACCAAGGGCUGCAACACCAUCAACCAGUUCGUCAACAAGUUCAACCUCCUGUACGACCGACAGGGAAUGGGACGACGCAUGGGCCGGGGACUCUUUUUCUAGGAACUGUGCCGUUUUUCGAGUGACAGCACAGAAUGGAAGCGCACCAAACAAGCCCAACAAGCAAGCUCACUGGAUGUGCGGUAUCGUCACCUGUUAGACAAAACGAAGAAACUCUCAGAAUGAGCAAAUCCUGCUCGUCAAUGGUGCCAUCUGUUGUGCAUGCCUGUGAGCAGACUGUGCUUCUCUCUCGCUCUCUUUUUUUCUUCUAAAUCUUGUGAUGCAGUUGGCAUCGCAGCAAUGUAUACACGCAGUGCGUGUGCAUAGCAGCCAUUCAAAUUUGUUGGAAAGAAUGUUGCUUCACUUCUUUUCUUCUUUUUCUAUUUGAGUAAAUGCAACAAUUUUUGGCCGAGGCGAGCAGUAAUAAACAAAGUGGUGAUCACAA